AUGUCCCUGGGAGACUUCCUGGGAGAUCAGACGCUGGGAUCAUGGGCUGACGAGAUGGAGGAUGCGCCAAUGCCAGGUGCUGGCGGCCGCUCCGGAUACGGAGGCGACAGGCCCACAUUCGGAUCUGGAGGUGGCUUCGGUGGUGACCGCGGUGGUAGCUUCGCUGACCGCGGAUUCGCAACUCGCGAGGCUCUUCCUCUCCCCUCCAAGCCCCCGUACACCGCUCACUUGGGCAACCUCUCCUUCGACGCCACCGAAGGUGACGUAACCGACUUCUUCGCCGGCUGCGAAGUCACCAACGUACGCAUUGUUGAAGACAAGCUGGACCGAAAGCCAAAGGGCUUUGGAUAUGUUGAGUUCGGCAGUGUAGAUGGACUGAAGAAGGCUCUUGAUCUCUCUGGCACAUCAUUCCAGGGCAGAAACAUUCGCGUUAGCGUUGCUGAGCCUCCCAAGGACCGCCCAGAGGCCCGCGAUAUCUCCGACUGGACUCGCAAGGGACCACUCCCCGACCUUCCAGGUCAGCGCAGCAACUCUGGACGGGGUGGUUUCGGCGCAGGUCGCGACCGUGGCUUCGACGCAGGAUCAGAUGCUGGUGGUGAACGCAGCGAACGUCGCCGCCCACCUCCAUUCGAGAGUGACGGUAAGUCUCGUGAUUUUGGUAACUGGGAGCGCCGUGGCCCUCUCUCGCCAGCUGCUGCACCUUCUCCCAGUGAGAGUGGCCGCACGCGAGGCUUCGAAGGAACACCCCGCGAGGGACGUAGACAGUCCCCAGCUUGGGGUGAAGGUCAAGGCACCGAGGGCUCACGCGGACCCCGUCGUGAGUUCCAGGAGAGACCGCAUGUUGAGAGGCAACCUACUGCUGCAGAGGCCGACAACCAGUGGCGGUCCCGUAUGCGCCCCGAUGCGCCAGUCAAAUCACCUACAUCGACACCCGAUGUCAGCACACCAUCUUCGCCAGCACCAGCACCUGCUGCUCCUGCAGGUCGACCCCGCCUGAACCUGGCUAAGCGAACAGUCUCCGAGGCCCAGCCAGGCCCCGAAUCCUCCACCCCUUCAGACAAGCCCAACCCCUUCGGUGCUGCCCGUCCCAUUGACACUGCUGCGCGCGAAAGGGAGGUUGAAGAGAAGAGGCAAUUGGCCCUCCGUCAGAAGAAGGAGGCCGACGAAAAGGCCCGUGAGGAGCGCAAGGCAAAGGAAGCUGCCGAGAAGGCCACACCUAAAGAUUCAGCACAGCCUACCCCUACCAGGAAGGACGAGAACAGCACAGAGGAAAAGCCCAAGGCCAACUUUGAGAUUCUCCAGCGUGUUGAUGAGGGUAACUCGGCCGGUCAAGACGAGGACGCUCAGGGCGAGAUAGUACAAGACAAGGCCGUCAAACCACAAGAGGUUGUCCGUGACCCACCGAAGUCGGAGGCAGGUUCGUGGAGGAGACAGUCCAACACAGCUGCUACGCCAGCUACCACAACCGAGACCAUGGAUGAAGAUGGCUGGAGCACCGUCACCAAGCCGACUAAGAAUGUCAAGAACAACCGCCGCGGUGGAGGCGCGCCAGCUCGCGCAAUUGCGUCUUAG